AGGAGAGAGAGGUGGCGGCGGUGGCGGUGGUCGUAGCGGUGGCGGAGGAGGCGGCUGCGGGUACGAAUCAGCUGCGGGCAGAGCCAUGGCCAACAUCGCGGUGCAGCGGAUCAAGCGGGAGUUCAAGGAGGUGCUGAAGAGCGAGGAGACGAGCAAAAAUCAAAUUAAAGUAGAUCUUGUAGAUGAGAAUUUUACAGAAUUAAGAGGAGAAAUAGCAGGACCUCCAGACACACCAUAUGAAGGAGGAAGAUACCAACUAGAGAUAAAAAUACCAGAAACAUAUCCAUUUAAUCCCCCUAAGGUCCGGUUUAUCACUAAAAUAUGGCAUCCUAAUAUUAGUUCUGUCACAGGAGCUAUAUGUUUGGAUAUCCUGAAAGAUCAAUGGGCGGCAGCAAUGACUCUGCGCACAGUAUUGCUGUCGUUGCAAGCGCUCUUGGCAGCUGCGGAACCUGAUGACCCUCAAGAUGCAGUAGUAGCCAAUCAGUACAAACAAAAUCCUGAAAUGUUCAAACAGACAGCUCGACUUUGGGCACACGUGUAUGCUGGAGCACCAGUUUCUAGUCCAGAAUACACCAAAAAAAUAGAAAACCUAUGUGCUAUGGGCUUUGAUAGGAAUGCAGUAAUAGUGGCCUUGUCUUCAAAAUCAUGGGAUGUAGAGACUGCAACAGAACUGCUUCUGAGUAACUGAGGCAUAGAGCGCUGCUCAUAGUCAAGCUGGCUCUUCUUUGAGGAGCACCACCACCUGUUAUUUUAGGAUUCUGCAUACAUUUCUUUUAAACUGGCAUUCUUGCCUAAUGAUGUUAUCUAGGCACCAUUGGAGACUGAAAAAAAAAUCCCUGCUCUGUAAAUAAAGCUAAUUAAACGUCUGUGUAAAUUUAAAAAGGGGAAAUACUUUAAUUUUUUUCUUAAUAGUGUAAAAGUUCUUUGAUCUAAGCUAGCUAAAACCAUGGGGGAAACAUGCUACUUUAGUGCUUAGCAGUGUAACAAGACUAGCGAGUUUGCUUCAGGAUUUUGUUGAAUAAUUAAGAUACUAUUUUGAGUGUGUCAGGGCCAUUCAGAUUGUUGGUGUUGCAUCACAGCUACCUUAACUGUUUUUAACCUGGGUCCUCUGUGCCUGUGAAUUUACUUGCAUGCUUGUACUUGACUUCUUAGGAUGGGUAGCUGAAAAGACCACCAUUUUACACUAGAAAAUUCUUAAAUAAUGAGAUUGAUUCAGAUUUGAAGAUGGUGACCUAUUCAGAGCCUUUUUGUCCCUGUGGGCCAAUUGGGACACUAUAUCUUUCCCCCAUUACCACACACAAGUAAUACUUGAGUGACUUUCUCUGUACUUGGUGGGAGAAUGUACUGACGCAGGACCCCUGCUUCAGUGUUAGGUCGUAGGUUUGAAUGUUCUGUCACAGUUAACACACUUCUUAACAUUUGCCUAUGUAGGUAGUAAUGUACAAACGAGGCUGCUGAUUUUAGUUCUCUUGCAAGAAGAGCAAAUAUUUGAUGUUUCCCAAAUUUCAUGAAAGGACCCUACUUAGUUUUUCAAUGAAUUUGACAUUCAUUUUUAAAUUGAGAAAAGUUUUUCUUGGAGAACAUGAAAGGCUGCAGUAAGCUGUAUCCAGUAGUAUUUUAACCUGACUUAAAGUCAUCCUUGAAUGCAUACCCCACAGCGGCACAUGGAGACCGUGUCCGCGUUCUACUGUGCAGGCUUCACGUGCACAGAGGGUAGAGCUGUGCAGCGAGCCUCACGUUCUUUAUGAUGUUUCAGAUAGCAGGAGACUUGAGACGUUACCUUCUCUUGUAAAUAAUACUUUUUAUUCAUAUUAAUCUUGCAUUCCAUUCUAAGUUCAAAAGAACUUUAAAGUUGUUAGUUUGCAAACUCAAACAUUUGACCAUCUUUAAGCAAGUUGAAGUGAAUAUAGGCAGGCAGUUUGAUAUAUAGAGAUUAAUUUGCAGGACCAAUUACAGUAUAAGAAAUGUAAUAGAAUCAGACUGAAUUAAAGUGAGACUGUAUAUUGAAAGUCAUAAAGUUUGCUUUUUUCAAGUGUUAUUUAUCUUAAAUUAUAGUCAUUAAGUGUUUGCAAAUUACCUUUUGAACCUAAGUCAGCUUAAACUGAUUUGACUUUUCACUAAUCUUGAUACUACAAGCAAUAAAAGAACCAUUAUUAAAUACAUUGUAAUGAUAAAGAUGUGAAGGUUCUUCCAAAAAGUUGUAAGGCUUUCCUAAUUAACAGUAAACUCUUCAGUUGGUAAUAACAUCUACUAAA